GCUUGUGUAGUUCAGUGUCAAUGAAACAUGGCCCCUGAGAAGAUGCUAACGAGUGUGCUGUUCCUGUUAUGCGGGUUCUUCACCUUGUCGGAAAGCCGGUCUUUUACCAUCGACUACGAGAGAGACGUGUUUCUCAAGGAUGGGAAACCGUUCCGUUAUGUGUCGGGCUCCAUCCACUACUUCAGAGUUCCCCAUGAGCUUUGGUUGGACAGACUGCAAACCAUGAGGGCCGCUGGACUGAACGCCAUUCAAACGUACAUCGAGUGGAGUACGCACGAACCACUGAACGGCCAAUUUAGCUUCGAAGGCCAGAAUGACAUCGUCAAGUUCAUAAGAACAGCUGAAUCCGUCGGUUUUCUGGUCCUCCUAAGGCUGGGCCCUUUCAUAGACGCCGAGAGAGACAUGGGUGGCUUUCCAUUCUGGUUGAUGUCGAACAAUACGGACAUCAAACUUAGAACCAGCAGUAAAUCGUACCUUCAGUACGUUGAUAGGUACUACAGCAAGCUCUUGCCUCUGCUGAAGCCACUUUUGUAUUCCAAUGGUGGACCGGUGAUUAUGCUGCAGGUAGAAAACGAAUACGGUAGCUAUCCGGCUUGCGACUUCAAAUACACUGCACACUUGCGAGACGUGGUGAGAAGCUAUGUAGGUGACGACGUCAUACUGUAUUCUACCGAUGGCGAUAGUGACUCCCUGGUCAAGUGCGGAAAGAACGAGGGGGUGUACACCACAGUUGACUUUGGACCAGCAACCGACGUGAUAGAAGCGUAUGCAGUGCAACGACGACACCAGUUGAGAGGACCAUUGGUCAAUUCUGAAUACUACCCUGGAUGGCUUGACGUGUGGGGACAACCUCACGUGCAAGUGCCUUCAGUACUAGUUGCGUUAACACUGGAGGCCAUGCUUCGUCGGAAUGCUUCUGUCAACGUGUACAUGUUUCACGGAGGAACAUCAUUUGGAUUCACAUCAGGAGCCAUUAUGUCUGGUGGCAAGUACCAGCCCUGCGUCACGAGCUAUGACUACGACGCACCUAUGACGGAAGCUGGAGACCCAACACCAAAAUAUUUUCUCAUGCGCAAAGUGAUUAGCCAGUUUCUACCCCUGCCUCACAUGCCAGAACCACGUCCAAAGCCCAAGAUAAGCCUGGGGCCUGUCGAGUUUACCUAUGUGCUCAGCUUACCGCUAAUCAUACGGGAGACUGGUGACACAUCAAUACCAUCAAAGCAUCCGCUUUCUUUUGAGGAUGUGGGCCACGGCCAUGGUCUUAUGGUGUAUAUGACAAACGUUACCUUUCGAGCUCGUUAUCCUGCAGUGUUAAAGGUACCAGGACUACGUGACAGAGGCUACGUAUACGUUGAUGGUGUAUACAAAGGAAUGCUGUCACAUAUGGACAACGUGUACGAAAUGCUGCUUCCAGUUAAGAGAGGAUCAGCCUUAUGGAUUUUGGUGGAAAAUCAGGGACGCGUGAGCGUGGGUCCUGAGAUACUCGGCAGAAAGGGCAUCAUCGGCGAUGUCACCCUCGGGUCGCAGGUACUAACGGACUGGGCAAUGUUGCCGAUGCUACAGCCUGACUACAGUUCCUUGAUCAAAAGGGUCAACGUAACUGCAGCAAGCAACAAUCUCCAAAACCGCGAAGGCUUCGGGAUAUACUUUGCCGAUUUUGAAUUGGCCCAUCCUGAACCACUGGACACCUUUAUGAGGCUAGACGGCUGGAGAAAGGGAUUCGUUUACCUGAACGGGCAUCCGUUGGGCCGCUACUGGCCGGAACGUGGUCCUCAAGUCACACUAUACGUACCAUAUGUGUACUUGAAGCGGAACAACAAAUUGAUAGUAGUCGAGCAAGAAGAGGCUCCGUGCGGUACGUCAGGCACCUGCACCGUUUCUUUCGUUUCGGAGCCCCAGAUCAACGGCACUGUUCCGGAGGGUGAAGAACAGCGAGCCAAUGUGGAGUUGAACUCACCACGAAUGUUCAAGCAUUGAGUUAAUACACUCUGUGUUUACAAAUGCUCAGCUCAACAAGGCUAAAUUUGCUGAAGUGGUUGAGAGAUGAUGUCUGACAACGUACGCUCAGUGCAUUGUUUGUAAUGUAUUGCAAUACAUGAGUCCACACUUG